GUGGCAUCCAAGAAGUGGCUUUGGAUGAGCAGGAGUUCGUCGAGGUGGACGAAUACCCUUUGGUGGACCUCAACGACUGGGGCGAGUUCAAUGAGAUUGACCUCGAGCAGGAAUCUGAAGAAGCUGGACCUCCAGAUGUCUUUGAAGAGAUGUUGGCGCAGUUGGAGCUGGAGGCAGAUGAGCGAGAGAUCACAAGGCUCAAGGAGAUGGGAGUCCUCAUUCCCAAGAGUGGCAACUUUGAGGGCUACAGGUUCCUGACGACCAAGAAGGUCUAUGACUGGAGAUG